UUUAUUGACAGUAGCGUAACAGAAUUCAAACAGUAAACAACAAAAUCAUAUACUAUUUGCACAAUCAAACGAAUAUAAAUUAUAUAAGUAUAUAAAUAUAUAAACAAGAAAUCAAGAAAAACAACAAAAAACAAAGUGUUAGCAAAAUAUUUAAUACAGAUUUGGUUCUAAGAAAAAAAAAGUGUUCUAAAUUAAUACAAAAAAGGAUUAUUCAACACAUUAUACAGCUAGUGACAAACAAAAUAGCGUAAAAAAGAAAUUAACAACAAUUUUUUUUUUUUUUGAAAAGUAAAUAACAACAAAGUGUUAAUUAUUUAAAUAAUUAUUUAAUAUUUUGCGUAUUUUGGUGUUUGUGUUUAAUUAAGAUUUUUCUCUAACAAAAACUUCAGAGUUUAUAAUCAAAUAAAUCAAUACAAAAUGACAGCUGUUAAUGGAAAGAUAUUUUUGGUAUUAUCCAUGAUGUUGGCUUUAGCCUGGUGCCAACAGCACUAUCAGCAAAUCAGUGACAGUGAAGUGCCCGCUGUUUUAAGCUACAACUCACCAUUGAGACAACCCGAUAGCCUAAGAUCUCGUCCCUACUUUGAUUUCUUGAGCACUCUAUACAGACGUGAUGCCGACAAGACUCAAUUAUUCCGUCCCUAUGUACGCAAUCGUCGUGAGAUCGUUGCACCUGUUGCCAUAGACCUUAACGUUGCCCAACAUGAGCGCAGCAAAAGAGCCAUAGUUUUCCGUCCCCUAUUCGUGUAUAGACAACAGGAAAUUCGAAAACAACAACUUCAAAAUCAACGUAGACGUUGUGUUUAAAUGAAUUUUUUUAAUUAACAUAAUAUUUACGUAAACAUUUUUUAUUUUAUUAUUAUUUUUUUUUUCUUUUUAAUUUAAUUUAAAUUUGUGUACAGGUUGUGUUGCUCUAGAAAAACCAGAGUAACUCCUUUUAUAUUUUAAUAUUAUUUUUUUUUUUUGUUUUUCGCUAUUUUCUAUUG